UGGCGCAAAUUUGUGUUGCCAAGUUGCUUGUCGCUGUUAAAAGUCAAGUCAAAGACCCCGAUUUUUUUCAUGCUUGAACUAGCUUUAAUAGUCAUAGGUUGCGUUCACACUGCAGCCAAAUCUGAUUCCAAUCAUAUUCCACCUCAAAUCUGAUUUUCAGGGCUGACUGUUCGCACAAUUUUUAGCAAGUGUCCUAAUCAGAUCUGGGCCUGCUCAGACUGGGCCACAUUAUUGACACAUCCUUCAUGGAAUUAUGUCAUGGACGGUCAAAUUCAAUCUGAGCUGUUCAGACUGAGAAGCAUCUUAACCAUAUCUGAUAUGAAAGUAUCUCGUGUAUGUGGUUUCAAUCUGAUAUCUGUGCUUUGUGACUGUUCAGACCACAAAAGAGCCACCCGGUUUCAAUCUGGAUGGGCUAAAAAUCAAUUCUUGCUUCCAGUCUGAAGUUCUAAGACUGCAUUCAGACUACAGGCAUAUCUGAUUCCAACAGGAUUCCACCUCAAAUCUGAUUUUCAGGGCUGACUGUUCACACUAUUUUUAGCAAGUGUCCAAAUCAGAUCUGGGCCCGUUCAGACAGGGCCAUAUUCUUGACACAUCCCUCAUGGAGUGAUGUCACAGACAGUCAAAACCCAUCUAAGCUGUUCAGACUGAUUAGCAUCUUGUCCAUAGCGAUAUGACACUACCUCCUGUACGUGGUUUCAAACUGUCUCGCAAAAAUCAGAUUUCUGUUCUUUGUGACUGUUCAGACUACAAAAGAGUCACCCGGUUUCAAUCCGGAUGGGCUAAAAAUCAGAUUCUGGCUGUCAGUCUGAAGUCCUAAGACUGCAUCCUGACUGCAGGCAUAUCUGAUUCCAAUAUGAUUGCUCUUCAAAUCUGAUUUUGAGGACUUACUGUUCACACUAUUUUUAGCAAGUGUCCAAAUCAGAUCAGAGUCCUUUCAGACUGGGCCCCAUUAUUGACACACCUGACAGUUUGCUGUGGCAAUGAAGGCGUCAUCCAGCAUGGAGCGACGUCACAGACGGUCAAAACUCAUUUGAGCUGUUCAGAUUGAGAAGCAUCUUGUCCAAAUCUGAUAUGACACCACCUCCCAUACGUGGUUUCUAUCCGUCUCGCAGAAUCAGAUUUCUGUGCUUUGCGACUGUUCAGACUACAUAAGAGCCAUCCAGUUUCAAUCUGAUUUCUGCUACCAGUCCGAAGUUCUCCCACUGCCUCUGAUUUUAUCCACACAACAAUUCCUUGUGUCCAACUGCCUUUCCGGCGCGCUGCUAAAUAAAUAAAUAAAUCAGAAUUUAGCUAAAUUUAGCUUUUUAGCAGACACCAUUUUGUGCCCUUUUAGUAGAUUAGCUUUGUGCUAGGUCAAGUUUGCAAGCCUCUAGUAAAUCAGGCCCUAGUGAAAAGAAACAUAGGACUCUUCAUUAGGUAUAUCCAAGCGCUGCAUCAAAACAUCCUUCUUUUUCAUGCAUCUCUUAUGUACAAUGUAAAUUUAUGAUGAACUGUAGUUUAUGCAUAGCCUACUUUUUCAAUACUUAUAAAAGGUUAUUGCUCUAAUACUGUCAUUGUUGAACCUUUAUUACUGAUUGGCAUCAUUUUGAACAACAUUAAAAUACAGCAAGUGUACAGGAAAACACUAUUAUUGCACGUGACUGGACCAUUUUGCAUAUUUUUAAAAAGUUACAACUCACGUUAGCUCACUUACCAGUCGUACAAUGAUACUAGAGUUGCCUGAUAAUGACUUUUUAACCGAUAUCCAGAUGUUGUCCAACUACAAAAAUCCAAUACCGAUAUACAUAUGUGGUCGUAGACUUAACAUAUUGCUAAUUGUGUCGUGAUGCUCUACUAGAUGCUUUAAUAAUGAUAAAUGUAACAACUUCAAGGUUUUCAACAUAAAUUAUUCUGUGAAAAAUAAAAGAACAACUUCAACUGACGAAAGUCUUAAAAUAAUGUCCUAUUUAAAUAAAAUAUAUUGAAAUGAUCCAAACUGUUCAUAAAUAAUAUGAGGAAUAAUUCUCAAACCACGUUUACACGAGAUACCCCAAAGAGCCACAAGGCGGCGACAAAGCAUUACAAAUACAGGCAGGAAAUUAUAGAAUAUACCAUUGCCAUGACAGUUCCCAAGAUGCAUUUUGCUAGGCUUUUGCACAGAUUUGUAAUUGUGUUUUAUUACUUUUCUUAGUGACUAUUUCUUUCUGGUGACGUAGUAAUUAUGUGUAGUUAGUUUAUAAUUAAUUAUUUUUCAUUUAUUGUUCAUUUUAUGUAGGGGUGCACGAUAUCCAUUUUUUGAUACCGAUAUCGAUAACUUCCUGCUCCUCAAGGCCGAUACCGAUACGAUAACCGAUAAUAUAUAUAUAAUUUUUCAAUGUAUAUUCACCUGAGUUUUUGAACACCUGUAGGUCAAAAAUACUAGUGGUUGAUUCAGCUUAGAUUUGCCUUUGACCGAACCAGAAUUUUCAUAAUGACAUCGACAUUAGUAUAAUGAACAAAACAAAGACAGUAACAAAACUUUGCAUACUGGAAAAACAGGAGUGGAAACAAACGCACAAAUCCCAAUCCGACACUGUGCCAAAAAUAUUAUUAAUAGGGCCGAUAAUAUAUUAUGUUAUCGGAUUUAUUGGGAUGACGUCAUAAUUCCUAUUAUUGGAUCGAGCACCUCUAAUUUUAUCUCUGCACCAGGAGUGAUUAGAUUGUUUCCCAGAGUUAAUAAAUACCAGACAUCUUAGAGCGACCUCUAGAUGUCUCCAAACGGAGCGCACCUUGCUGUGCUGAGCUGUGACCAACCCAUGCAGAAAGGCUGUUGGCUUGUAAAUUAAUUUACAACUCAGCAUACGUACUGGCGCAAAACCGAUACUUUCCAAUACAGUUUUAGAUGCUUUUAUUGGCCGAUAUUAUCAGACAACUCUAUAUGAAAAUUUUGCUACACUGAGCACUCAGUGCUCUAAAGGUUCUCAUACCCAGAAUAGGCAUUGGCAUGGUCGACUUUAGAAAACAAUUUUUUCCCCCAUCUAUACACAAUAUUGUUCAUACACGGUAAUUAAUCCUGGACAACUCAAGUUCUUUGGCGUAUUAGCCAUUUCUAUAGGCCAAAUUUGACCUGUGGGUUAAGUCAUUAGCAGCGGAAUACAUUUUGGAACUCAAUUGCUAACCAAAUCAAUGUUCUGAGUGAAACUCAGCUAUACCUAAUGAAGCGUCCAGUUUCUUCCUGCUUGCUACACUUUCCUUUUUCUUCCUAGCAUGUCAUUUUCCUAAGCAUUUCUGCUUUAUUUCCUACCCACUAACGUUUCUUUCUCCGUGUCGCUGUCCCCCGUUUCUUUCACCCUCGGCCUCAGCCAAGAGAAGUCGGGCUCCUCGUCGGACGAUUCAGAGCCUGACGUACCUCCUCGGCUCCCCUCGGGGAGCUCCUCCCCUCACCCCUCCACGGCUCAUAGCACCAUCGUUUUGGAGAAAAGGUCCAUACAGCUGUGCACCACGUCGGGAUGUUCUAGAAAAGAACAAUCCAACAUUCUUUUCCUCCUAUGCACCCUCACAGCCCCCCUCACCUACCUAAGAGCGCCCUUAUAACAAGCCCACCCGUGGCGUUCGCGCCACUGGACCCCACCUCCGGUCCCAGACUGGUCAAAUGUCAACAAUGGCCCCUGUUAGGGCGCCAAGACCCUAGAGAGCCUCCGGAUCCGAUAGAUUACGAGAGCAUCAUUCCCGAUUUGGAGAAUGACGACAUGUUCGCCAGGCGCACCCUCGCUUUCCAAUCCAACAGCGAGCUGGCCGCAGCGAAGACCCCGCUGUCCGCCAAGCGCUGCCUCUGCACGUCAGAAGAACAAAUCAAUAUCGUGACGCAACUUCGUAAGGAGGAGGAGGAGGAAUUUCCCGACAUCGAGCAGGACGACGUGGUCCAACGUAGGGAGAAAAUCCAGCUGCAACAGCGCCCCCUCUCAGGGGCUCCUGACAACUUCUCCCCGAUGGCCGUCCCCGAACCCUGGGACCUCCCUCCUGAACUUAAGACCAGGCUCAUUUGCCCUCCGUGCCCUCUGGCGCAGGAGUCGUCGGCAAACAAACCCAGUCGCGUACGAAAGGAGCCGUGUCCCGAAAUGGACGACAUGCUCGUCCGGAAGUUUACCGCGCAACAUAAGGUGUCGGCGAAACAGUCUUGCCCCUCUGCUCCAAGUUCCUGUAGUGAAGGGGACCUGCAGAGGUGGCAGGCUAUCAGGGAAGCUAGUCAGAUUAGAUACAAGAAGAGGCUCAUGGUGGAGAUGCUUAAAGCUCUCAAGUCGUAGAAAUGCACUUCAGUUACACAUUUACAUGAUCAGUUUUUGGAAGCUACGUUUGGGUCUGCUGUAUUUUUUAUUAUGUAUUGUAUUAUUUGCUCCAUAACCACUGGGAGAUUUGGUGUGUUUACUGUUUGUUAUUGAUUUAGAUUGGAGGUUUUUCAAAAGUCAGAUCUUUGUGUAUGGUGUCUUGCUGACUGGCUAAUGGAUACAAUAGUGCUACAAUGUAAAACUGCUGCAUGUAAGGGAGUGUGCUUUAUGAGAAGUUUUAUGAGCAACGUACUUCCUCAGAUAGUGACCUUUGUCGUAUUACUGCACUAUAAAAUGAGUAUACUUUAAAGGGAACCUCAAACUUAAAGACUUGUAGGCUCCAAUAAGCCACAAUUGUUCUCUUUUUACUAAAAUGUUAUUAGAAACACAUACAGUGCCCUCCAUAAUUAUGUGGGUUUUUUUUAGCUUCUAAUAUAUAUUUUUUUAAUUCAAAUAAUAUGGGACCUUAAUGGGGAAAAAAGAGAAAAAUCCAACCUUCAAUACAAGUGCAUUCAUUCAGUGGGGAAAAAUCCCACAUAAAGAAAAAAAUAUUUGACAUGAAAUAAUGUGUGUCACAAUUAUUAGCACCCCUGGUGUUAAUACUUUGUACAACCCCCUUUUGCCAACAAAAAAAGGUCUGGGGACUGAGAUGGCCACGGGAGGAGCUUGAUUUUGUGUCUGGUGAACCAUUUCUGUGUAGAUUUGGCCAUAUGUUUAGGGUCAUUGUCUUGCUGAAAGACCCAGUGACGACCCCUCUUCAGCUUUCGGGCAGAGGGCAACAGAUUUUGAUUUAAAAUGUCCUGGUAUUUCAAAGCAUUCAUGAUUCCAUGCACCCUAACAAGGUUCCCAGGGCCUUUGGAAGCGAAACAACCCCACAGCAUCACUGACCCACCCCCAUACUUCACAGUGGGUAUGAGGUGC